UUUUUUAAUUCCUUCGAAUAAGGACAACUUUUUUUCAAACAAACUAUGUAAUAGAAUUUGUUUUACUCAUUGAUUGAAGCUAAUUCCGUCGAAAGAUAUUUUUGUUACCGUGGGUGUUUUCGGCACUCGCUCUGGGUUAACUCUAGAGUUAACAAGGGUGCUCAACCGCAUUCUAAAAUGAACGUGAAAUUCACUUGUGAACAGUGUUUAAGGUAAUCUGCCUAACCCAACCUGACUAAAAUUUCUUAGCACGUUGAAGGUACAAACCAAGGUACAAACUUUGUUAUCCCUAAUUUUAAUUAGUUUCAAUUUAAAAGUUAAAAAGUAUGGCUGAGACCAAUGAGACAUUUGAAAUAAUAAAUGCUGUGGUCGAUAUAACGGGGCAAUUAGUUUUGCGACCAAGUGACAAAACUGUAUUAUGUUAUCUGUUGAAGAAUAACGGACAAAAAACAAUGGGCUACGUUGCGCAGGAGGAUUAUCAUGAAAUGUUAUGUAGCCGCCAAUGUUCAGAAGAAUCUUCAGAAAUAGAUCAAAAUAAUAGAAUCGAUGAGGAACAAAAUGAUGGGACUACUGAGGAAGAAGAAGAAAUCGGCGUGGGGCAAGAUAAAAUAGCAAAAGGAGAAAUGGAGAACCAAAAAUCUGUGGAGAAAGAAACUACUAAAAGUUCAGGGCAAUGGACAGAUGCCGAAACGAAAGUUCUAAUUGAAAUGUAUCCACAUGUGGCAGAAUCAUCAAAAGAUAAUCUUAGUCCAGAUUUUUGGAAGAAGGUUAGCGGUUUAUUGGCUUCCAAUGGUUUGAAAAAAACGUGGCUUUCAUGCAAGGAAAAAUGGAAGUCAUUAAACCGCACCUAUAAAAUUAAUCUUGCCAAAAAGAAGGAAACGGGAACAGGGCCCAUUACUUGGCCAUAUUUUGAUCAGUUACAUGAAAUUUUAUUUAAAAAGCCGGAAAUAAAUCCGGUCGCAACAGCCUCCAAUAUCUCGGGGUACAAAAAAAGGAUUGCCAAAGAAGUGGAGGAAGAAAAUGAAAUAAAACCGUCAUGUUCAUCAAAAAAUAAAAAAAUUAAAACUGAACCAGAAUGGUUGCAAGAAAUGAGAAAAGAUGCGGCCUUGCGCCAUGAGCAAAAUUUAGAGUGUAAGAAUAAAUUCGUUUCAACUUUUACAGAACUAGUAGACGUGAUGAAGAAAAAACAGUAAAAGUGGAGCGUUUUUUUGUUAAAAGUUUUUUUUAUUUCAUACUACUGAUUAUUAUACGUCAGUUUUUAUUUUUUAUUGGGGUCACCAAAAAGUCGGUAAAGACAUUAAUGGAAAAAAUAACUAAUAUUUUUCUUUCUGAUAAUUAAAAAACUCUUUCUUCAUCUCUUCCGACCAUUCUGUCUUCGUUACAGUUCACAAUUCAAAAUAAAAGCUAAAACUGGCACCCAGUUAAUUUUCCAAUUUUUGUGUUGCUUUCAAAAUAGAAAUAUUUUACUUUAAAAUUUAAUUUUUGAAAAUCUUAUAUUAAUAAGUGGGUGUCAGAUUCAGUCUUUUAUUUUAUUAUUA